AUGCCGGUGCCGCGCGUGGAUCAGGCGGGAUUGCGUCUCUCAGGGGGCGUGCCCGCCGCGUUGAAAAAACUGCCAUCGAACCGUGAACGCGUUCAGAACGUCAAUCGCAGCGCCACGGAGCUAUUGAUGGAACUAAAUAGCAGUCCAAAAGCCCAAGUGAAACCAGACAGGGUGCGGGAACUCCUCGAAAACGAGCUCCAGGCCCUCCGCAAAGACCUCUCCAAGGAGAUUCACGACGCCGUGAAAGCGGCGACUGAGCCUCCAUCGCGUAUGGGCACCGCCUCCUGGGCUCGGGCAGCGGCACAAGCGCCAGCGCCGGCUCAUCAGCUGUCGCUUCCCCUAUCAUCGAAUGCCACAUCCGCCGCACCGAUCACGGCACGUGACCGGGAUGUGAUCGUCUGCCUCAACAACCGCGACCAGGUAGACAGAUAUUGCGGUAAGCCGUCCGAGGAGAUGAAAGAUUACGCUAAUAAGGUGCGUGCGGAGUAUGCAAAGGAUACCCGGACCGCCACCUUGGCCACGGUGAUGGUGAAGGCGGUUUGCCAGCUGAAGUCGGGUGAUCUCCGGCUUACUGUGCGAGACGCCCGGGAAGCGCAGGUGAUGCGGCUGCAUCGGGACAUCUGGGUCAAGGGCUUCGGCUCUACGGCCUUCGCCUUGCGGGAGGCGCAGGGAGCUAUUGCGAUAGCGAUGUGGGCCGAAAACUCUCGUUACUGGGGGAAGGAUGCCACGAUCACAAAGAUAAACUGGCUGCGAGCGCCGAAAGAGGGGGCGAAACUGGCCUCAGUUAUCCUCGAGUUCAGCAAACCGCAGUCAGCGAAUAAGGCUAUCGAAGAGGGCGUGCUCUGGGAUUCGAAUCGGUAUCAGGCUCUCCUCUACGACAGGAGUCUCCGUGUGCGGCAAUGUUUUAACUGUCAACAAUAUGGACACAUAGGAACCUCCUGUGCCAAUAAAACGAAAUGUGUGUACUGCGCUGGGGAGCAUCAGUCUCGAGAUUGCACCACCCGCAUGCACGAGGGAAAAGAGAGGAAGUGCGCCAAUUGCGAGGGUGCACAUCCAGCGUGGAGCGAGGACUGUGAGGUGAGGAUUGCCAUGGUGGAAAAGGUGAUGGCGAUGGCGAUGCAGCGCGGGAGAUUCCAUCCAGUGCCUGCUGAGUUUAGCUAUCACGACCCCUCGGUGUCCCUGGCCCCAUCGUCGUUGAGCUCCAUGGGGACGCCGCAGGUGUCCUCAACCGAGGGAUCCAACGAUACGACAGGUAGCGCUGUCGUAUCAGCCGCACGCUCCAGUAACGGGGAGCAAAGCACCAGUGCAAACCGGACUUCCAGUGGGAUCCAGGGAAAGCCAGCGAGGAGGACAGUGGCAAAAGCGCCAUUCACGCAGGCAAAGAAGGCUCAGAAGGCCAAGAGGGCCACCGUUGAGGAUACAAUGGAGGGCGUGCAACAGGAAGCACCCCAGGAAAUACCCCAGGAGGUGCCCGAGGCACAACAGGACGCUCAACAGGGAGUGCCCGAAGCGCAAGAAGCACCCCGGGCAGCCAGCCCAUCAGGAAACAUACAACCAAUCAGCUUUACAACCACCACCCAGGAACCGUUCGUUUCCAGUACCCCGGCACUAUUCAAUGCCACCGCUCGCGACAUCGACUUUCAGCCCAGCACCACUGACGCAGCCGCUGGAGCCGCAACCGAGACUGGGGCCGGUGCUGACACAGGAAGCAAAGGAAGCCGGAAAGAGGAAGUGGGGUGGAGGAGGACCGCCAAGGCUCGAGAGGCAUUGGCAAAGAAGCGAAAGGAACGGAGCCAGUACAGCGACCCCGCCCAGAAGAAGGCGGAUAGGAGAUCUGCAAGGUUUGUUAGUCAGUUGGAGCAAGCCAACCAGGAAUCAGAAGGAUCAGAGGAAGCAGCUGGGGAGGAAGCAGCCGAGGGAGACGCUGCAGAGGAAGCGACAGAAGCAGACCUGCCAGAGGUUGAUCUGUCGGUGAUGGAGGAACAGCUUAACCGGGAUCGAGCUCGCAGCGAGAGUGACUUCCAACCUUCGUCAGUACCAGAGAUGGCAACCAGGGGCCAGAAACGAAAGCAGCCUGCCAGCGAAAGAUCAUAUCGAAUGCGUAUCAACAGGAAGACAACCAGAAAGGCAACCACCACCACCCCUACCGAACGCGAAUGA